AUUAUAUUGUAGCCAUACAAAAAACAGGGUGCAGGCUGGAUUAUAAAAAAUAGAUCUUGGGAAGUAUGGCUGAAUGGGAGACAGCUUGUGAUGUGAACAUAUUAUGAAUGACCAAUGGGCAAAGCAAAAUGGCCUAGGCAACCCUACCUAUGACUGCUUUGACUAAAAACAUUCUUUAUUCAGCAGGAUCAAAGCUAGAAAUUCAACCUUGUCCCUCCUGUCCUCUGGCAUUCUCUAGUCAACAAGCCCUCAGCCAACAUGUGUGGCUCAGUCAUCUCCCUCAGUUUUUCUCAAGUUUAUGUGCAGGAAAUCAUCUCCAUUCAGGGAAACAAUAUUCAGAAGAUCAGAAACAGCAGCAGGAGCAACUCUUUGAUCAAACCUGCUCAAGCAACAAAGCAGAAAUUCAAGAGAGAGAAGAUUUCAAGCUUUUGUUUGGGAGAGUAAGUAAAAGCAGCACUUCAAAGGCAUUGUCCAGAACCCUGGAAGAACAGCCAGUAAGGCCCAAGGAAGACAACACAGUGGUGGACAUAGGGCCCAGCCCUGCCCAGAGGACAAACCUAGAGGAAACAGACAAAAUAUUACAUGGUUUAGAAGUCUCAGGAUUUGGAGCAAUCAAAUAUGGAGAGUUUGGGCUAGGCUUUAUCAAGGAGUCAAACCAGCUCAACCUCCAGAAGACACACACAGGGGAGACCGCUUACAUGUACACUGAGUGGGGACAAAGCUUUAGCAGUAUGUCAGUCCUCAUCAAAAACCAGAGGACACACUCUGGGGAAAAGCCUUAUGUGUGCAGGGAAUGUGGACGAGGCUUUACCUGGAAGUCAAACCUCAUCACACACCAGAGGACACACUCAGGGGAGAAACCGUAUGAGUGCAAGGAGUGUGGACGAGGCUUUACUUGGAAAUCAAACCUCUUCACACAUCAGAGGACACACUCAGGGGUCAAGCCUUAUGUGUGCAAGGAAUGUGGGCAGAGCUUUAGCCUGAAGUCAAACCUCAUCACACACCAGAGGGCACACUCUGGGGAGAAGCCUUACAUUUGCAAGGAAUGUGGACAUGGCUUUCGCCAGCAUUCACACCUCAUCAGACAUAAGAGGACACAUUCAGGAGAGAAGCCUUAUGUUUGCAGGGAGUGUGAGCAAGGCUUUAGCCAGAAGUCACACCUCACUAGACACUUAAGGACACACACAGGAGAGAAACCUUAUGUGUGCACAGAAUGUGGGCGUCACUUUAGCUGGAAAUCAAACCUCAAGAUACACCAGAGGACGCACUCAGGGGUUAAACCUUAUGUGUGCCUGGAAUGUGGGCAGUGCUUUAGCCUGAAGUCAAACCUCAACAAACACCAGAGGUCACACACAGGGGAGAAGCCAUUUGUAUGCAGGGAGUGUGGGAGAGCCUUUACCCGGAAAUCAACCCUCAUCACACACCAGAGGACACACUCAGGGGAGAAGCCAUUUGUAUGCACAGAGUGUGGGCGAGGCUUUAAUGAUAAGUCAACCCUCAUCUCACACCAGAGGACACAUUCAGGGGAAAAGCCUUUCAUAUGCAGGGAGUGUGGUAGAAAGUUUAGCCAGAAGCCAAACCUGUUUAGGCACAAGAGGGCACACUCAGGGAAUAUACCCUUUGUGUGCAGGGAGUGUGGACAAGGCUUUUGUGAUAAGUUAACUCUCAUUACACACCAGAGGGCACACUCGGGGGGGAAGCCUCAUGUAUGCAGGGAGUGUGGGCAAGGCUUUAGCCGGCAGUCACACCUUAUUAGACAUCAGAGGAUCCAUUCAGGAGAGAAGCCUUAUAUUUGUAGGAAGUGUGGGCGAGGCUUUAGUCGGAAAUCAAACCUCAUCAGACAUCAGAGGACACACUCAGGAUAGAAACCUUGUGUGGACAAGUAGUGAAACCUUUAGCCAAUAGUCACACUGCAUGAGACACCAGAAGUCCCACCCAGGGCUGUAGCUUUAGUAAUAAGUCAGCCAUUGCCAGACACUAAAGUAGAGACAUCUUAUGUGUGAUGGGGGUGUUCACGAGACUAAUGGUAACGGUCAACAUCUCCAAUCCACCUGAAGGAGAAUUGCUGGCCCAUUUUCAGGGGCUCUGGCUUUCCCUAGUGGGGAUGCUAGGUUGUGGAAGGUCUCUCAGGUAACUUGAUGGAGAGAAUACUUAUUAAGUAGGUUGAAAUUAGAGAAUUGAUACUAUUCCAAUAUCAUUUCCCAAGUAUACUUGAACACUCCUUCCACAGUAACCUGGAUGUUACAAAAACAGCAAUUCUAGAAUCCGUCUCUUGAUGUCUGUCUUACCUUCUGAGAACAAGAGACAGAAACCAUGGCUGAUUUAAUCUUGGUUCCACAGAGCAUGACCCAGCAGAGUCAGCUUCAGGGAGAGUCUGGAAAAUGGUCAACUCACGGGGACAGAGAUAGUGCUUGGGUAGAAGGUUUUAUUAUACAAAAGGCUGACAGGGAAGAAAGAUUGUAGGCAUCCUAGCUCUAAGUUUGGGAAGAGGUGUCCAUUUUUGGAAAUAUCGUAUCUUUGCUUGCUUCCUGGGGCUUUCUCUGGUUUUCAGGUUGAAUCCAUACUAAAAAUGUUUUUAUUGACUAGUGUUUUUAGACUAGAAAUGUACUAUGUAGUGUUAUGAAGAAAGUAUGUACACAUAUACAGAAAUACAAAAUAAAAUUACUUUCUAUUCUUUGA